UUGGAGUUACGGAAAAAAGGAAAGGUCGAUCUGCUAAACCAAUCCAAUGCGUUCUUGUAGAACAAUCUCCAGUAGCAUCGCCAGGAAGAUUAUCACUCUUCAAAUGCAAACGAAAGCUUACCCCUUGCAAAUCGCCUGCUUCUCCAGCUUUUCGAUCACCCUUGUACAAAGCAAUACGACUGUCCAAUAGAAAUCUAUUUCCUAGUGCAGACUCAAACGAUGAUGAUAUUAAUUGGUACAGACACAUUGACGAUCAUAAAGUGCAUGCACAGGACGUUAAAACGAGUGAUCCGGAAACAAAUGAUACUGUUCCAAGUCAAACAUGUUUCUCUUCAAACGACGUUGACAAAAUAUCCAAAUGUGACAAAAAUAAACAAACAAUUGACUUUUGUGAUAUGGAUGCUUGCGAAAUACUUGCCGGAACAAAUGACCUUCAAAGCAUUUUAAGUGAAUACAACAAGGUGCUUCCAACGGUUAUCAAAAAGUUAUCCCAGCAUUCACAGUUACAUUUGACAUUUCUGUCAUUUUUUAGACUAGUGGUUGAGGACAAGUUUCCUUUGGACAAUAUUGCCCUUCUUUUGUGGACAGACGUUGUUAACUGGUUCAACAAUAUAAACAUUACAAGAAUGCGAUAUGACGAUACUACUAAAUUGUUUUGGAAGUGCGGAUGGCGGAUAUUUGGAGGAAGAUUUAUAAGUUUCAUGUCAGGAUUCAAAAACAAGACAUUCGAUCAAGAUGUGUGCACUGAGAAACAAUAUUCACCGACAAGUUCUACACUUAACUUUGCUGUGCCAGAUAUAAAGGUGUUACAGUCGUUCAACCCAUACACAAGUGAAUCACAAAGGGAACCGGGGAUUUGCAACGACGGUAUAAAGGCGCUUGGUCAAAAUAUUGGACACAGGUCGGCAUGUUUAACCUUUGAUGGAAAGAAGAUAAAGCAAGGUCUUACGAAAUUUUGUGGCGAUAUUGACCUUAUUGGAUUUGAAGACGGAGAGACAUUACACGAUAAAAGAAAUCGAUUAGAAGAUAUAACGGCUGAGCUUAGUGCUUUGGGCCAAACAGUUGCAGUGGUUGAACAAAAGAUUGGUCUACCGAAUCUACCAAUUGAAAUCAAGGAACAAAUUUAAAAAAACUUAUUGGACUCUCUUAAAAAAAUAUCAACCGGAAUACAAUACAUGGAUAAGUUAAAAACGAAGAAGGAAUAUGCAAAGGACAAGUUGAUAGAACGAAGUGGAACAGAGAACUGGAGAAGUGGAAAAUAUUGUUAUGCAAUAAGUUCCAUUAUUGGUCUCCUGUACGACAUAAAUAAAGUCAAGGGAAAAUGUGAAACAAUUAUCAGAGACAUUUGCAAAAUUAUAAGCGCUAUAAACGGAUGUAAGUACAUAGAUAACAUAAUGGUAGAUUUGAACAGUUUGGAAUCAUACAAGUCUUUAGAAACACUGACAGACCUAGCAACAGAAAAAAAUGACCCACGUUUGAUAAAACAAAGGUCUACCGCAUGGUUUGAUAUAAGGUCAAAGGCCAAGGUAACUGGAAGUACUCUCUACCGCAGUAUCGGGCUGGAUGGUUUGAAAAAUCUCAAAGAACAUUUCGAACAAGUAAUAUGUGGAGCCCCUGAAAAACAGUUCUCUGAAAAAGUUAAAGAUGCAAUGAAACAUGGUGUAGAAAACGAAAUAAAUGCAGUAGCUACCCUUGUCGGAAAAGUGAUACCAGUUUUAUUUCCUGGUAUGAUAUUUUGUGAAGAAGGGUGCGUUAUUUCAAGUGAUGAUAGCGGAAACACGUUUUGUGUGGUGUCACCCGAUGGCAGUUUAAGACAAGAUACAUCAUUAUUGUCUACAAGUAUGGCAGUUGAAAUUAAAUGCCCAACCACAGACAUUCAUUUUCAAUUACCACCGAGAUAUUUAUUGCAAUGUCUGUCACAGAUUGAGGCGUUAAAUGUGAACUCGUUGAUUUACUUGUCAUGGACAGAAACUCUGACAUCCAUAUUUAAGGUAGAGCGAAAUAUUAACCUAUAUAACAACGCAAUGGAAAUCGCAAGAUCAAUAUAUGACACUUCAAAUCCAAAACGACCUAAUACAUUGUGUUCUAGUGUCAAAACAUUGAAAGAUGAGAUCGAACGUGCGUCAAAAGACGCUUGUUUUUUAGGGUGUUUUCCGUCCGCAAAAGUUGGAAAAGCAACUGUAAGAAGUGCUUUUGAAGUUCAUACAGUGCAUGAAAUAUCAGUGCUACUAAAUUCUCUUGUGGAUCUCCAUUCCCAAAUCCACGAAAUAAAACGAGAGAAGGCGACUGAAGCUGUAGUGUUUAUUUGCGCUGAUUUGAAUAGAAGUUGGAACAAAAACCUGUCUCUGUCAUCUCCUGUAGCUUGGUUUACGAAAGGAUAUAGUCUCGAAACUAAAAAAAUGAGAGAAAUAGCGGAAGAAGUACACAACAGGUGUCAUGAAUCAGGUAUUCAUAUCCCUUGCCAGUCCUUUGACGGACAAUGGCAUAACCUUGUUGUGCGAGAUUCUGAAAAUAAUCCACUGACAACGCUUCAGUUACAAAAAGAUGUAUGGCGAGAAGUAGAACAGACAAAAAAGACAGAAGUCGUAUCAAAAUUUCGUGGCAUGAACAAGAAACCUAAAUGGAUUUAUCACAAUGAAAAUGGAUCAAAAGUGGUCGUGGUGAGUAAUUAUAUUAGAAACGUUCCACCUCUCAAACGCAAUAAAAUCCUUACCUCUGAGAAAGCUACACCGUCAAACAAUUCGAGCGACAGAGAAAUUACCCAAGGAGAUGAAUGUGCAGAUAAUAAUACGGAGGAUAUUGUAAAUGAUCCAGAACAGGAUUUUGGUCGAGAUAAAGAAGACUCUCACUUGGAUGAGCACAUUUCUAAUGAAGAUGCUAAAUGUCUGCUAGCAAUGUUAAAAUCAGACCAAAACAGUAACAAAAAAGGUAAAUGGAACACAUCGCAGGUUACAGAUAUUACUGUAAUACUUUCAAGUUUGGAAAGAAUGCAGUCGUUACUUGAUGCUGAUAUUCGUGUUAUUGUGCGUUUCUUUAAGAAGUCUAAAACCAUAAAUGUCAAUGAAACUGCGACUAAACAGAAAAAACUUGAAAAGUUAUCCGAGAAACUAGGGCUUAAUUAUCAUGUGAAAUAGAAUUCUAAGAAAAAGAAGGCCACACUUAAAACGUUAGCAGAACUUUGCGCGAAAGUUAUUGCAAACACAUCAAAAUAUGAAUUAAAUUGUGCAUAUGCUGAGUGCAUUUGGCAAUACCGUUAUGAAGUGUGGAAAGCUAAAGUAGGCAUUUGCAAUUUAAUUGAAGUAAAUGGGAAAGUGGAAGUUCGAGAAUGGUUUUAUCAUCCAGAAUAUAGCAAGAGAAGAAUGCAAUAUGAAGUGAAGUGCAUUGAUGCCACGCACCUUCUCACUCGUACAAGACGAAAAUCUUACAAAGGCGGUUUGGAUCUUGUGAAUAAUGAAGCUUGGAAAAGAGUUGCAAAAGGGGGGAACACUUUAUUAACCCCAAUUAUGAUUGAAGAAGUUACCGAACCCAUGUCCGCAUCGAUGGCAGCAACGCAUUUUUCUGAGGCCGUAGAAAUUGAAAUGCGAAAGUGUGACUUUAAUAAGUCGGCCGACUUAUGCCGAGACAUUCGUCUAUGGUGGGAAUCGGAAGACAGUUCCGGACAGACCGCUGCCGAGAGGUUUUUUAAUAGAGAUCUACUGAGGUCACGUUUGUUGUCACACGUAAACUUUGGAAAAUUUCCGCCACCGACAAUGCAUGUUGCUGGAUGGCCAUGGCAGCUUUGGGAGGCACUCAUAUCUCAUAUUGAUGCAAAAACGCAAUUGUAUUUCCUCUGUCAUGGUGGCAGUUAUAAUGUAAGGGCGUUCAGCAGUCUAAUUGGUGAGACGUUCUUUUCUGAAUUGUCACUCCAUGACAAGACAGGUUGCGGGACCGUGUCGGCGGAAGAGUUUGGUCGAUUCAUAGGAACUGCAACAGAACAGCUUCAAGUUCGACUCGACCCAAAUAGGAAGUUUGUAUACACAACCGGGCGGUCACACGUGUACAAGCUGACGGAUGCAAGUGAGAUGACAUCCACCAACAGCUGUCAAGACGAAUGCCGAUUGUGCAGGAAGGAUGGUC